UAGACCUUUGCCGCAAAACGGCUGCGAAUUAAAAAGUUAAAAGUUUGUUUACAAUCCAAGUGACAUUAGUGAUCGAAUUCAAAUUGUGAUUUGUGUACUCUAAGUUUUGAGCAAUUUUUUGAGUAUAUAGUUUAUAAAAAAUGAACACCAGUGAAAGAGCAUCACAUCCUUCUCGGGCUCAAAUUGAGUCUCUUUUGGAGUACCUUCAGAGAAACCCAAGCCUUGCAAAGGGUUUCUCUAAAGUGCCUAGUGCAAGGAACGCAACCAGAAGAUCUUGGGAGGCACUGGCACUCCAACUUAACAGCCUGGGAGGAUGUGUGAAAACAUCAAAACAGUGGAUCAAGACAACUGCAAGCACAAGCCAAGCAGUGAAGCAAGCUCCUGGAGAUCAAAGCAUCUCAUUGUUGGGAUCCCAAUUGCUGGAAAUUGAUGCUCUGCCGCAAACAGAAGACCAUCACAUUUACAGAAGCACUCCAAGCACACUGUCAGAUUCAGUCAUUUUUUUGACCCUAGUAGUUGUUCAAGGCACUCUGCCUGUAACUCCUUCUGCACACCCCUGA